AAUCGCUGUUCCCUCCAUUCGCUUCCUUGGCAACAGCAUGAUACCCGGAAGUUGUUGUCUUCGCCGCGAAAUAUCAACAGCUCCAACUUCAGAGCAGUAGAAAUGUCAGUGCCAGUGUUUUGCAGUAGAUAAAACCCUCCUGAGUGUAGUGUGCGGUGGUUGUAAUGCAGCGUAGUAAAGCGGCUGUGAGUGUGGAGGUGAAGCAGGUGAUUGCAGCUCUGUGUAGACUGCUAGCGGCCACCGGCCUCCACGCUGUCCCCGCUCCGGAGACCUUCAGACGGGCUAAAUUUGGUGGUGAAGUCGAGGUGGAGGAUCAGUUCUGGCAGCUGCUCGCUAACAUCUUUCAGACAACUGGAACCGUUUCCUCUAAAGCCAGCACACAGCUAACAGAGACUUCUGAACACAGGAAGCUGGUGGCUGCAGGACUGUGGCAGACUGGCUACUAUGCUGACUGGAUGUAUGUGAGGAGGGGAGGUGGAGGAGGAGGAGGAGGAGGGGAGGAGGGGAGAUUCUCCAGCAGAGAUCUGCUCCUGGCGUUGGGCUGGCUGCUCGCUACAGGAACACUGGAGAAACUGCUGACUCUGCGAGUACAGCAACUGGACAAAACACUACUCACACCUACACCUGUGAAGCCUCAGAUUUCUCAUGAGGUCCAGUUAGACUCGGCUUCUCUUAGGAGACUUCAGUGGCUCAUUGGCUGUCUGAGACAUCAGGGGCGGACCCUGCUGUCCAUGCAGGAAGAGCGAGCUUCAUUGCUUCAUGCUGUUUUUUCUGCCAGCCUCCCCUCCUCUGCAUCCUCCUCCUCUGAUCAAAGCUCUUCAGUGCUAAGAGAAGAUUGUGCUCAUAUGCGGGAGCUCUGUGACCUCCUUGAAGCAUAUCUGAAGUGGAAACAGGUGGAGAAAGUUUUCUGGACCUGGAUGGAUAGCGUAGUGGAUUGCCAUCUGAAAGAUCCUGUUGUUGAGAGGUCUACACAUCCAACUGAUAGGAGAGCAGCAGUUUGUCACCACGGAAACCGGGGUUUAGAGAAAUUGGAGGACAUGCUGUUGAGACUGCCCACAUCACAGAAAGGUCAGAGGAGAGGCAAAAGGGAUGCUGAACACAGGGGAGAGGGAGGAGAGAGGUUGCAGGGUAGAUUGGACACCUCCACCCUCCCUCCCCUUCUCUCUUCUCUCCCCUCCCUGCCCUCCCUGCCCCUCCUCUCCCAGUCCUACCGAGCCAGGCUCCAUGCUGAGAAGCCAGUCAGACACAGCAGCCGUCCAGCGGGGGGGCUCUGCGGCAGGGCCGAGGAUCCAGACGAGCUGUCGGCGUCUCACGCUACACAGCUGCUUCUUCACACAGAGGCCAGACUGCUGGAGAGGAGGGACAGGCAGAGAAUGGCCAACAAGAUACAGCUGCAGGAGAUAACUGGCAGGCUGGACGAACUGGUGUUGAUACCACCGUAGACCUUCCUUUUUUUUACUUGAUAAGUAACUUAUGCAAUAUGAAUGAGAUGAUUUGGUCAACAUGAUAAGGACUUGGACAUCCAACCACAUGACUUUUUACAAUUGUUCAAAACAUAAACAUAUGAUGUGGAGCUGGUUCAUUAAAAUAUUACCUGUA